AACAAAGACGUGUGCCAGAGAGGCAAUAAAUCUUUUUAAAAAAAGAGCCUCUCCUUGUUAGUACUUCUCUUAUGCGGAUUUAAAGUCCAGCUUACACCAUUUGCAGAAAAAAUAAUUAUGGCUGCGCUAACUCCAAAAAGCGUAUUGAGUUGAGGGAGAUCGUCAAUAGUUAACAAAAUAUUUUUUGUGAAAACCAAACAAAGAAGAAUGCAGCUGAUUUCCAACGCAAAGAAGUUGUGAUUCCUUUUGUAACGCGUGUCGCAUAAUUAUUUUACACCUUUUGGGAAAGAAUUGGAAAAUAUAAAAGAUCUUAAGCAAUCAAAACAAUUACUAGCAUUCUAUUAACAUUUCAAAGAUAAACAAACCAAACCACCCUCCUGCUGUCAAAACGUAACUCCGCCGCCAUCUUACAUUCAAAGCUUGUUUUCUUUUUUACAACGACCGUAAAGUAAGCGAACACGGCCCUGUUUGCAAUCUGUUGUUUUUUUUCGCGAUAAAAAAUAAUGACACUUUUGUGGCACAUCUCGUGUAGGGAUUGUUGCCUGAUGUCGGAUGAGCUAUCGACAACCUUGAUAAAAUACGAUAUAUUCAUUUUUAAUUAAAUAGGAAAAAGUUACGGAACCGUUUUCAUUGUACAUAAUCUCUUUAACAAAAAUCGAAGCUUAUUAUUUCCAACAUUGGCUCCACUAAUUUUUACGUUUUUUUGCCAUAAGUAAUUUAAUAUCGUCCUCGUUCCCAGACCCCUUAUCUUGGAGAGCUGUGCGAACGAGAGCGUGUUGCAUCAAAACUAUUACACAUAUUUGGUCUGUUAUGGAUUUUUGCUAAACUAUGUGCUGGACAUGGAUUACACCUAUUCGUGGCGGACAGAAAACAAACCGUAACUAUUAGAAACAUUCCAUGUAAAUACUCUUUUUUUUCUCUUAAAGUCAAGAAUAAAAAGGGAACAAUUGUAUGUAUAGUGUCGUAGAUGGAUAUUUAGAGCAAAUUUAUUGUUGUUUUUUAACCUAUCGACUUGACAUAAAAAUGUUUUUCACAUAAAGCCGCCUUAAAAUUUUGUUAUAAAAUAUGUCUAAAUUCAUAUGUCUGUCCUUAGAAAAGAAGACUAAUUCCGAGGACACUUAAAAGAGCUAUGUAGCCCAGUCUCUACUCUAAAAUAAAUUUAUUGGCUCUUAUAAGAACUUUCACCUAUGUAAACAACUGCCUGAAUUGCUCUGUUUGUCGAAGAGAAGUGCUGGCUAUAUAUCUUUAAAACGUAGAGUUCAAUAAACAUUUCUACUAAGCUUUUUUUUUAUAAAAUAAUAGUGAUGUGGUAUUAUAAUUCAAUGUUAAUUUUCUUUGAGUUAAAUUAGGGAUUUGUUCGGAUGCGGUUAAUAAAGUGAAUACAGAAUUUGCUUUCACGAAGAUAAAAAGAAAAAAAGGAAGGCAGUGGAUAUGUUUUCUUUUUGUUGCAUCAUUGAAAUCGCAAGAUCUUUUAUCUAAAACUGAAAGAUUGGAAAUUAGUUUUUGUACGUCUCGUCUUCAAGCGAUAUAGCCUAAAUUAUUUAAUUAACAAUUCCAAUCGUUCUUGAUAACAUAACAGGCAGGAAUUUUUUGCUCAAACAUUCUAAGCAAAAGUUUUGUCCAACAUCGUCUUCUUCCGACCAAAACACGUUUAUUUCACAAAGAAAUUUUUUUGAAAUGUCAUCUUUCUGUUUUUGUCAUGUAAUGUUUUGAUUUCAUUCAAAAAAGAUUUGUACAAUUAAAAGGAAUCAUUGGACUAAUGUUGAUAGCUCUGAUUGAAUUUUCUUUUAUUUAAAAACUGUUGUAUGAAAGGAAUACAGAUUAUGCUAAAGAUCGAAGGUUCAGAUUAUGCUUGUCUUUUACUUAAAAUUUGAGGGAUUUUCAGCCUGUGCAUGCUGUUCAUUCUUAUAAAGAAAAAAGUGUAGCCGUGUGCAGACGUUGAAUACAAUCAAACUGAAUCUGUUUAACGUAUCUUCUCAGGACAUGUCAACAUGAUGCAAUCGACGUUUCAUUCUGGUUUUACUGACACUGUGCUGUUGUUUAAAGAAUGGAAAAUUUCAACGUCUGGAGAAUUUCUUCUAUCACUUUUAUUCAUCAUAUCGAUCACAAUCUGCGCAGAAGGUUGUCGAGCAUACCAAACGUUCCUAGCAUACAGUUUAAGCGUCAGACGAGCAAACAAUGAAAGUCGAAAGGUUACUUUAACACGUCGAACAAGAAUAUACCGUCAUCUCCUAGCGACCGUUGUAUACGUUUUUCAACUGACGUUCGCAUACGUCAUUAUGUUGUGCGUCAUGACGUUUCAGGUGUACAUACUUGUCGUUGUUUUAAUCGGCGUCGGACUAGGUUAUUACCUAUCCCAACCAGUUAUUUUGAAAGGCAUCGGAACAUUAUAUAUAAAAGUUAGUAACCAACAUGAAAAAAUAGCGGGAGAAGAAAGCGAAAAAGUAUUGCUCACGGAAAAUAACGAGGACAUAUCACUGCAACCGCUGUAGAAGGCUACCAUGUAAAAGUUUUUAUAAUCUAUGUACUUAGUUUACUAUGUAAUUUUAAAUAAUCUUUUUUUUUGUUAUGAAGAAACGAAAGCCAUUCAACUAACCACGCCCUUGUUCCUUACUCCCAUAGUAAGGCAUGAAGGUAAGGCGUCGAGUUACAACGUCGAGAUGGUUUUUAAUUAUAUAUCUAAAACUUU